AUGUUAGAGAAAUCUGGUUGCAGGUAUGAAAGAGGUAACUUCAAGGUUCAGUUCUACAAAGGAAAGAAGAAGGUAAUAUCUGGAAAAUACCAAGGUGGUUUGUAUUAUCUUCAAGGCACAGUUUCUAAAGUUGACGUGAACAUGCCAAAAGCUGAGGUAGAAGUGAAAAAGAAGAAGGUAAAGAAGGUGACAUUCAGUGAGAAUCUGAUUCAAGGAGCAACUCCUUAUGGUUUUGAGACAAGGGAUUCAUCAGCUCAAGGUGGAGACUCUUCUUCAUCAGAAAAAUCUGAGAGUUACGAAGUAAUUGAGUCUAAGGAGAGCAAGGAAGAAUCUGAGAUAGAAUCAACACUCGAUGAUAUUUUUGAAAGUAAGAAGCGGAUGCAUCAGAAAAGUGUUGGAGAAGAAGAGAGUUUGAACAAAGAACUUGAGGUGAAAAAUUUGGGAAAAGUUUCUAAGAUAUUGGGAAUGGGUUUCUUUGGAGAUAAGAGCUAA